CUUUUUGCAAAUUGCCUUUUUUGCGAUGCCUUUUUGUGUGUUGCCCUUUUGCGUUAUGCCUCUUUGCGUACUGCCUUUUUGCGUUAUGCCUUUUUGCGUGUUGGCUCUUUGCGUGUUGCCUUUUUGCGUUAUGCCUUUUUGCGUGUUGUCUCUUUGCGUUAUGCCUUGUUGCGUGUUGGCUCUUUGCGUGAUGCCUCUUUGCGUGUUGCCUUUUUGCGUGUUGCCUCUUUGCGUGAUGCCUCUUUGCGUGUUGCCUUUUAGCGUGAUGCUUUUUUCUGCGUGAUACCUAAUAUGAUAGUGGCUUUUUUAGUAUUUCUUCCUUUUACAGUGCUCUUUUUUUUUACCAACUUUGACUCGGUAUAUUUCAGAUUUGACUUAACUCUUUUCACUUUUAGGUUAUUGGAUUUUGUCAUAGAUAUACCCUCAUACUUUUGCAAAAGGACUAAAAGGAUAAACGAAACAGUUAAUACUAAAGAAGAGUCGGUCAAUUUCGUUGUAAGACUCCAUGAAACUGACGAGUUUCGUAACGAACAAUGGCAAACAUUCGACGAACUUUGUCAUCCUUGUGCAAUCGAUUACGACUUCAUUGGUGGAUUUGAAAAUCUCGAAAAAGAAGUUCGUCAUAUUUUGGAAAUUUCUGGCUUGAAACAAGCGGCGAACAUAACAGAGAUUAAAACUUCAAAGACUUCUUCAAAGAUUCCUUUUUUCUACUCACAACUCUCCAAGCAGCUACUAAAUAGGCUUAAAAGAAUAUUUCGUGGGGAUUCUGAAAUGUUCGAAUAUGAUAUUCCUGUGUCUAUCUUCAGUGGUAAUUCUACGGUCCGUAGAGUUUCACUCCGAGAUCAAUGAUGUCUAAAACGUGCACAAACUGUGAAGCGAGAGGCGCCGUAGUUCAGUUGGUUAGAGCGCCUGUCUAGUAAACAGGCGGUCAUGGGUUCGAAUCCCAUCGGUGCCUUAUAUAGACACUGUUUUUUUACCUUAUUUUUUUCAUCUCGUAUAUUGAGAAACGUGGAACGAAAAAACUUCAGAUGUAAUGUGAACAUAUUUUUGAAAGGCAGAUUAUGUAUUUGCCAUCUUUUCAUCAUUCAAAAUAAGCGUCGAGGAAACUUCGUGCAAAGAGAGACCAACCUUGCUCAAGGACGGGAAGAAGACAGACCCUGGUGUCGACUGACACAGGCCCUAGUUGUUCAAAAGUUAGAUACCUACGCCCAGUGGAUUCCCUAAAUAAUUAUCCGCUGUAUUGUGAUUUAUCCGGAGGAUAGCGCCAUCUAACGUUUUAACAACCACUGGGGCCAGUCCAAUAACUCUGUAGAGCGUUUUCACAUGACGUCGCGGUGGCCAAUUUGGUGUUCCAAACAAGUCCUAUGGGAGUUGAACUCUUUCCUUAUGUAAAUCCUUUAUUUUGUUCCAAUAAGUUUGCUUAGAUCCUGGUCACGUGAGUGAAAACGCUCCAUUGGACAUUCUCAGAUUUCAUGAGAGACUGGGUCGGCCGUUGCUAUUGUCUACCUUGACAUCAUGGGAUUCUUUUGAGGCGGACUGAAGCUUCCUUAUUUGGUUAUUACGAGGCUACGAAGAAAGUCUAGGUCAAAUUCUUCCCCAAAAAAUUAACAUUGCAAUUCAACUUGACAGGAAGGGGAUAAAAGGACGAGAAGAUAGCGAGAGAAGAUGGGGAAGGCGCGAUUAUUCGAGGAAGGCGAUUACUCUGAAUAUUUCCGUCAAAGGGGGGCGAUUAAUCGAGGGACGGCUAAUUAUUCCAGGAAAUACUGUAACCAGAGACAUCUAUUUAUCAUGGACUUAAGUUCACUUGGCAACCUCGACCCCAAGCUCUUCUCGUUUUCCAAUAUGGCGGUGGAAUAUUGAAAAACUAGACGACCGUGGGGACGAGGUUGAUUUACUUGGUUCUGUAGGCGCCAAACAGUCAAUCCAUUUACCUCUUCUUUUUUUAUAUUGCUAACUGUUGAUACGCUGCAAUAACUAAAGUAGCUUAUGUAUUAAUUUAUCUAUCUAUUUACAGACUUCAGCACACCAGCAACCAAACAGGUCCGUUGUGUUUUAAUUCAACUACUUAAUUCUUACUCACCUACUAAACCAUAUAUUUAGGUCGCAACAGAAUUCGGCCAAACUUGGGCCGAUUGAUUGCGAAUCUCAAACUUCUCUCACAGUAGGAAGAUCUUAAAUUCCGGUUGACGCAGUCAACAAAACCGGGCAGCAAAAGGCCAGUCUUUUUAUUCGUUUGUUGUUAUUAAAAUGAUCUUCAAAUGCUCAGUAUGUAACUGAGACCACCGAUACCCCAAGCUGACCAAGCUCAGGAGUGAUCGUUGUUGCGUAUUAGAAAUAUUAUAAAGGUUUGUAUGGAUAUUUUAGCGAUCGUUAAUAGGUAACCUGUGUACAGCCGACCAUCGUUAAUAGGUAACCUGUGUAAAGCCGCCCAUUGUUAAUAGGUAACCUGUGUAAAGCCGGCCAUCGUUAAUAUGUAACCUGUGUACAGCCGCCCAUCAUUAAUAGGUAGCCUGUGUAAAGCCGCCCGUCGUUAACAGGUAACCUGUGUAAAGUCGCCCAUGUUCUCAAACCGAAUCGGGGACCGAAGAGAGUCUCUCUUCCCGAUUUUGUUUCAGUGGAGUCGGGCGGCUGUACACAUAUUCAGGGAACGGUCAAAUAAUUAAUUCAACAGCACGCAGAAGGCGAAAAAACAAGACACAAGACUCAGUUAACAUUUCGUUUAAGCUUUCAUUGAAACAUUUACAGUCAAAUUUUUUUAAAGAAAAUGUUUAUCUGUAUUUCGUCUGUAAAGCCGACAAAUUGAUACUCAUAUUUCAGUAUCAAAACACAAACAGAGGGUGGUCUGCCUAUGAUUUUAGUUUCGCUCUCUUUAUAAUUCUCCAGGUUAUAGAAUGAACAACUUCCCACAGAACUAAACUCGCUAAAACUUCCAUUUUACUCACCUCACGAGGUGAGUAAGAUGGAAGGUCUCGUUCGAAUACCAUUUCGGUUUGCUUGCAGUAUGUACUAA